ACGUAAACACUUAUUAAUCGACAUCACGAAGGGGCCUCGAUGUUAAGGACAAAUUUAUAAAAAGAGAUAGAGAGAACAAAUUACUUAAUGCUUUGGAAGCGUGUCCUUACCGAAUAUUUUGAACUGUUUGUAACUUCAUGACGGAUUAAUGAAUCAACACCAGUUUACAGGAGACAUUACUGUGUUUUUACGCUGUUAACUUUGGCUUAGAGGCUGAACGUUGGAAAGUCGCAUAAAACUUCACGAAGCCUGGACACAGACUGAACAUCCCUCUAACAACAUAAACUUAAAACAAAUACGCAAACAACACGACGCACGUUUCACACUUAAGUACUUUUUGAUUCUUGCACUUCCUUGGCUACCCGUGGCGAGUACUGGCGGAGAGGCAUUAAAAGCGACAGUGGACGUGCAAAGGCACUGAUUAAAUAGACAGCGAGAUAUGGACACCGCCUGUGGAUGCUGACUGGUUGGAGUCGGGUGGACAGCAGCCUCACGUCCCCUUGGAGACUAGCUGGAGCUAACACGUGAUCCGUCUACUUAUCAAAGGGUUAGAGAGAGGAGAGGAAGAGCGCAGGAGACGGAGUUAAAGGGGAGCUGAGCCGUGCGCCUCGAUUCUCCUCCAGUCUUUCAUUCCAUGCCCCCUUUCCUUUCGUGUAAAAAAAAAGUUAAAAAACGGACAAACGAGGGGGGGGCAAAAAAGCACCAAGUUUGACGAACUUUGCACAUCCCCAGAAAACGCCAUCUUGAUUCCUCUCCGGAACAACUUUGCAGCUUUUUUUUUCCUUCUCAGUCCAUCAUCACCAUUUACCAUCAUCACUAGCUAUGUCUCGGCGUAAGCAGCCCAACCCCAACAAAGUCAAACCAGAAAUGGAGAACACCGCUGAAGACAAGCAACUGGAAACAGGAUUCACAGACGCGGGACUGUCAGAGGACAAGGAUGGCUUCUCCUCCACAUCAGCUGAGAGCGGGCAUGCAGGAAAAAAUGGUGAGGUGAAGGAGGCCAGUACGGACAUAGGGGAGGAUGCAGAGAGAUUGGACAGAGCCGAGCUCUCCACCGUAGAUCCUGUGAUGUCCAGCAUACUGACAGUAGGACCGCUCGGUGGCACUGGGGACUGUGCCGCCGCCUCCACUGCCGCCCCCCCCACCUCUAAGACGCACACCAGGACUUCCGGAGCAAAGUCUAGUGGGAGGAGGAGUCAGCAGGAUACCAGAGACGAGCAGUCAGCCUUCAUCUGCCCCCUUUGUGAGAAGAACUGCCUGACCCAGCACCAGCUGACUAUGCACAUACGGCAGCACAACUCAGACAGCGGGGCUACGGACCAUUCGUGCAGCAUCUGCGGAAAGUCGCUGAGCUCGGCCAGCUCCCUGGACCGGCACAUGCUGGUGCACAGCGGCGAGAGGCCCUACAAGUGCUCUGUGUGCGGACAGACCUUCACCACCAAUGGCAACAUGCACCGGCAUAUGAAAAUCCACGAUAAGGACCCCAGUGGAGCCCCUCCAUCCAGCCCACCCUCACCCCCCAAACGCAGGCGUCUACCCACCAAAAGGAAGUCCAGCCUGGAGGCCGACGUGGACCGGAGUGAGGAGCCAGUCAACAAAAAGGUUCUGGAGGAUGUUCUGUCGGACAAGCAGGACCCUAUUAGGGCUGAUGAUGAGCUCCUUCCCUGCCCCAUAUGUUUCAAGACCUUCAACUGCAAGUACAACCUGGAGGCCCACAUGGAGAUGCACCCAGACACCACGCUCAGGUGUGAUGUCUGCUGCAUCACUUUCCGUACACAUCGUGGCCUCCUGCGCCACAAUGCUGGCAUCCACAAGCUGCUGCCCAAAGAUCCUGCUGGUCAUCCUUUUAUACAGAACAACCCCUCCAUCCCCUUGGGUUUCAAUGACCUGGCCUUCAUCGACUUCUCCUGCCACAAGUUCCCUCAGAUUGCGCAGGUUUGGUGUGAAACUAACCUUCGUCGGAGCUCCAGCAAAUUUCACCGGUUCGUAUGCGAGAACUGCAACAAGGCCUUCCCCCUGCAGUUGGCUCUCAACCUCCAUGUGGCCACGCACAGCCCUGAGGUUGAGGCUGAGGAAUUGCGCCCGGCCAGCCAGGACACCCCUGCAGAAGGCCAGAAGGCCAGUUUCAUGGAGUCACUAGGCUUGCAGCACAUUUCUCAGGUGAAGCCUGUUCCCUCUGAGGAAGAGGUCAGGCAGGCAGAACUGGACAGUAUCAGAGUCAUCCAUGUGGAGCCAAACUCCAACCUACCUCAGGAAGCCGGUUGCCUUGGCGGUCUAAGCCUGCCUCCACUGGACCCCACCUCACUGCAGAAUUUGACUCCAAGUGCUACCUUUAGUAUUUUAUCUUUACAGCCUUUCCAGAAGGGUUUCAUUCUCCAACCUGACAGUGGCUUUGUGGUCAACCCCAUCUGUGGCGAGGGUGGAAUGGAGCUGGCAGACAUCCAGCAGAUCCUCAAGAUUGCAUCCUCUGCAUCCACCCAGAUUACCUUGCCACCUCUUUCAAAGGCUCCCUGUAAUGCUGCAAGUUCUGGCUACAGACAGAUGCCUCAGCUCAAGCCAAAGCCCCUGGUGAUUCCCCGUUCCAAUAUGGCAGCCUCCACCCCGCCCCCCCUUAUGGGCACCGUGCAGGGUUUGCCGGGCUCCAUCAGUCCCAACUUACCGCCACCAACCAGUCAGUUACUGAAGACUCCAGAGGAGUCGUCAUCUUCAUCUGCGUCUGCUUCUGACAGUCAGAUUUCCUUGGAGAAGAUGCAGAUGGAAGCUGAGUGCAUGGGCAAUGCCCUGACGCCUAUGGAUGCCGAUAAGCGCCAGAUCAAGCAGGAGGAAGAUGAGGACAGAGAAAUGGGUAGUGCCAACAUGAAAAAGGCAACAGGGCACAAAGCUUCAUAUCCUUGUCGUUAUUGCAACCAGGUCUUUACCUUUCCCGGAGUCCUGCAGGCGCACAUGCGCUGCCACCUUGGCAUCUCACCCUAUCAGUGCAACAUCUGUGACUAUGUGGCCCCAGACAAAGCCACAUUGAUACGGCACCUGCGCACGCACAGUGGUGAGCGGCCGUAUGUCUGCCGCAUCUGCCACUACCCAUUCACCGUCAAGGCCAACUGUGAGCGGCAUCUGCGCAAGAAGCACAUGAAGAACACACGCAAGGACAUCGAAAAGAACAUUGAGUAUGUGUCAACCAGUGCGGGCAGUGUGCUUAACCCACUGGACUCUGCUGGGUCUAAUGGAACCAUCUGCCGAUUCUGCGGAGAGGACUUGAGGAGCUACCGUGCCCUGCAGAUCCACCUGCGAACUCACAAUGGCUGCCAGCGCAAACUCUUUGAGUGUCAGAAGUGUGGAGCAGCCUUCCUUGCUAUGAGAAACUGCAUACACCACUUGCUAAAGCAGCACCCUGAGGUGCAGGAGCGGGAAAUAGAGGAGCACAUAACUACUUUGUUGCCAGCUGUUGCCUCACGACCCAAUGCAGUCCCCCAAAAUGGGCUUCUUCCAAGCAAUUCUCCCCUCCCUGUCAAGGUGGAGGAACUUUACACUAGUGAUUCAGAAGAACCACUUGACUUUUCCAGUAAAGGCUGUGGAGUUGUUGGAUCUAUAAGCAUCCAUUCCAUUCCUGGAAUUAAGCCAGAGGUCCUUCAUACCACUGAGAUGUCCUCCUAUGACAACUUGAUGCAACCCAUUGACUUAUCUAUUCCCAAAAACUCAGAUAGGAAUCUGAAUCAAGAAGGUACCGGUUCUAUGUCUUGCAGCCCAGCCACAAAAGACAUUAAAAGAGAAUCCACAACCUCUGGUGGCACAGACGUCCCAGACUCCACGAUCCUUCAGAGUAAGGAUGAUGCAGACAUGCCUGUUGAGGAGAAGCCUUGUCAAUCAAAUCCUUCUCAGCUCUCACUUCCUGUAACACCCUCUGUCAAUGGCACCCAAGCAAAUGUUGCCCGUUCGUCAAGGCUAAAGCCCCUAUUGCCGAAGCCAACCUCGGCUUCCCUCAAGGAGCUGCCCCCACUGGCUUCCAUAGCUCAGAUUAUCUCCUCUGUUUCUGCUGCGUCUGACUUGCUGAAGAGAGACAGUACUUCAACUCCUAGCAGUUUCAAUAAGACCACUAACCCCACAGGUCCCCAGUCAAGCACGGAUCAAACGGAGGAACAGCCACAAGCAGGUGCAGACAACCCCAAUAAAGAAGAGUCUCACCAUGACCCAUCAAGUAAGAAAGGCAAGAACAGACGCAGCCGAAGCAAAGAGAUUCCCACAAAUAACUUUUCUAAUCCUUGUACAGGCAGUGGGAUUGACUUGGAGUCUAGUGGGGAAUUUGCCAGCGUGGAGAAGAUCCUGGCCACUACUGAUGCUAACAAAUUCAGUCCAUACUUGCAGUCCAGCUCGGGUUUGCUGGCAAAAGAGGAGGUAGAGCAUCAUGCUAACAGUGAAGAUGAGAAGGAGGGGCAAGACACGAAACAGCAGCACCCACAGCAGUCCAAAGGCAAGAAAAAUGCAUAUUCCAACUCCGUGCAGAAGAUGACCUGUCCUUUCUGCCCUCGAGUCUUCCCCUGGGCCAGUUCUUUACAAAGACACAUGCUUACACAUACAGGUCAGAAGCCGUAUCCUUGCCCAAAAUGUGAUGCCUUCUUUUCAACCAAGUCCAACUGUGAGAGACACCUCCUGCGUAAGCAUGGUGUGGCCAGCCGUGCCCUACGACGCAAUGGUGCCAUGCCCAAGGCCAAAGACAUGGACGAGGGCUCUCAUGAGAGUGCAGAAAGCAUGUCGGAGUCCGAUUUCCUGCCCGGGGACACACUGGACCUUAGCACCACUGAGGCCGUGAAGGAGGAAGCUGAACCGCAGAAGUCUGUACCUGGAGAGCUGGAGCCGUCUACUGCAAUUCCACAGAUGAUCCAGAAGAGGGAGUCAGAUAGCCCAGGAGGGGCGGAGCCGGUGGAAAGCAAACACAUCCACGAUGAUGACUCGCAAAGCAACAAAAGCCUGGAUUUGAACUUCGCCAGCAAGCUAAUUGACUUUAAGUUCUCAGAGAGUGACCAGCAGGAGUUGCCCACAGAGGAGACCUUGGGGCCAGAGAGCAGGGCCGCGACAGAGGACCCCAUGCACACUUGCAAGAGCUGCAGGAAGAGCUUCCGCUACGCUGCCACCUUGGCCCGUCAUGAGAAGGCGCACCUACACGAAGGCUCCCAAGGGGAAGGGGGAAGGAAAGGGGGACGGCGCACCAUAGAGGCUGCUGCCUGUCCCCUCAUGUCCAUGGAAGUGAAGCAGACUGAGGAGGAGGAGGACCAGGGGGACAAGAGGCCCAUGUCAGAGAGCGAGGGCGUUGGCAGCGGGGAGGACAGCAGCUCUGAGGAAGAAGAGAAGGAGAUGGAGCCCAAGAGCGACGAGGAUGGCGGAGCAGCAGAACCGAAAAACAGCGACGGGGAGCAGGGGGCAGGAACAGUGGGCAAAACUGACAAAAGGAAGAAGAUUUGCAGCGUGUGCCACAAGCGCUUCUGGUCCCUGCAAGAUUUAACACGGCACAUGCGUUCUCACACGGGUGAAAGACCCUACAAGUGCCAGACGUGUGAGCGCACGUUUACGCUCAAGCACAGCCUGGUGCGGCACCAGCGCAUCCACCAAAAGCCGCGGGACGUCGAGGACGAACAUGCGGAGGCCCAUCAGCCACAUGAAGGCACUACCGCAGACAAAGAGGCUUCCGGCAGUCGCUCGGGCAGUGAGUGUGAGUCGCCAGCCUGCAGCGCCGGCCCCGCCUCCGAGAACGAGGACGAAACCUCGAGCAAGGCAAAGGAGGAACCGCACGCUGCGGUCCCUCCCGGCACAGAGCCGUCCACCAAUCCGUCACCGAGGCCCCCUCUGGAGUCAGGCAAAGGCAGCGCGGAGGAUGCCUCAGGUGGCUACAUCAAGGGCUUACUGGGGAUCCACACAAAGCCAUCACUGGAGCUCAUCCUGUCUGCCAGCGAGCUCCCCCUAGUGGGCGUGGAGUGACACGUGAUUCCCGUAAAAGGAGCCAACCCAAUCUUUGCACAGGGAUUCUGUUGCAGUGAUCAGCAAUGCCAUAUGACAAAUAUCACUCUAAUGCAACUGUAAAGAAGAGAGAGCAAGAAGCAUCUUGUUUGAGUGCCUUACUACUUUUUUUUUGCUAGAUCUUUGUAUCACAAUUAUAUUUAGUGGAUAAUAUAAUUUUUUAAAAUAGUAUUUUAAGAUGAAUAUUUUUGAUCUAUAUAGAAUUACAAAGCAUUCAAUAAAUGAUUUACUGUACUUGUCUGUUUUGAUUAACUGAGAUGUAUAUUUAAACUACAGCUGUACUUGCGUAUUGUAUCAGCUGUUUAAAAAAACAUUUAGACAGGGUGGCUUGUCAGAUACCUGGGAGAGUGAAGUCACACACAUAUGUAACUGGAAAGCAACACUUUGCUGAAGGGUUCGGGUUUUUGUUCUUUUACGUUCCUAUUCCAUCAUGGACAUUCUGUAAGAGGAAUGAGGAUAAAGAUAAACAUCAGCUGAGCCUGACAUUUUAAACAUUUUUUUCCCUUUUUUUGGGGGGGGGGGGGGGGGGGUUCAUCUGUGCCUCAUCUGACCUCUCACAUGCUGGAGACGUCUAGGCAAUAUUUGCCUCGCUUUAAUUUACACAUGUCCGUCACCGUACUUAAUGAUCUUCCCUCUGCAUUUAGCCGCAGAUCAGACGACAAAGGCCCCCUGGAUGGCUGGCCCACAUGCUUCCUCGUCCUCCUUGGCCUGUCAGGGUUAGGGACCCAUUGACACCAUGACUGAGCCGGUGCCCUAUGCCAUCUUCGAGGACCCCUUGUCUAGAAAAUUACCUCCUUGCUUGAAGACGUCUUCCAAAUAUUUUCUGUCCAAGUGAAGCCCUUACCUCUGACUUUCUGCAGCAGGAGGCUCCCAGCACCCUCUGGUUUCUGGUGGAACACUAAUGGGCUUUUCUUCUUUUCUACUUGAACAGUUUACCCCGUGGGCUGUCGAGGCAGGUGUGAUACCAUGGAGCCUCAUUGCCUUAGAGAAAAUGCCAUGGGGGUGGCUUUGGAUAUAUUCUUCAACAGUUUGGUAUACUGACCCUCAUUAAAAGGAACCUCAGAAACAAAUGAGACAAACCUCAAGGAGCACAACAAAAGCCUGCGUAGCGGCAGGGGAUGAUGGAACGUUUUGUGGCGUCAUUUUUGAGUUCAUUUCAGCAAUAUCUCUGAUUAGACUUUUGCGGAACUGGCUUUAACCAAAAACAAAUCAUUAGUACCACGGAAACACGGGGGGGGAAAUAAACAAAACAAAAAAAACAAUCGUAUAACUGUAAAAGGCAAGCAAUGCAAGUGAAUUGUGUGCAAGUUUAUAGCGUUUAGAACACAGCUUAGAGAAUGAGUUAGAGAGGUGUUGGUUUUAGAGGUGGUGGGAAAGCUGGCUCCUGAAUGGCUGAGUGUCCACGUCAUCUACCAAUGAAAAGUUUGUGUAUGUAGUCUAAUGGGCGGGGCUUUUUAUAUUAAAGAAAUAAGGGCUUGCUAAAAAUAUAUGCAGCUAAAUGGGACGAAAUGAUGUGAACUAGCUUUCCCAUUGCAUUUUCCUUUUCCUGUUUGUGUGUGUGCGCCCGCGCGUAUGUUAGGCAUGGAUUUCCAUAAAAGAUAUACACUGACUGUUUUUAAUGUAUUUAUUGAGAACCCAGAUUGCGGAGGAGAGGUUCUCUAAGGAGAAGCCAUGUAUUACCACGUUUAUGCUGCAGAGAGGAAAAUAUAAAUCAAAUGUAUCAGAUGUUCUCCCAGGUCAGUUUCUGGGACUGCUACUAGUAUGAUUAUCUGAUUCUAAAGCUUUAUGUAGACAUUUAUGUAGGCCAAUGUCUCUAGGUUGGUUUUUUUGUAAUUAGUUUGAGAAAUAAAUGUUUUCACCAAUUUAUUAAUACAUGUAAGACUGUGAAAUUAAUUGUUUUCAUCUGUUGGUGAGUCGUAGACUAGUGCUGCAUGUUAAUCUGGUUUGUUCAGUGAUUCAUAUAUAAUUACUAUUUUAUUUCCGUGCUCUCAGGGCUUUUACAGAAUGCAUAUAUAUAAAAAAUAUUUUUUUUCUUUUUGCUUCCUGAGUUGCUUCCAGUUCUCCUCCCCCAGCCCCGAAAGUAAUAAAACAUAAAUCGCUACACUUA